AUGAAACUGGACACCGUCUUCAAGUUCCUGCUGGUCGUAGUCAUCCUCUUCACCCUUCAGCAAAUAUGGCCCCUACGCGACGUGCGAAGCAAGCUGCAAAAUGGGACCCUGGUUCCCUGGGUGAAGGGUGCCCUCAGGAGAGUUUACUCCCAUUUUUGUUUUAAGGUCAUCAGAAGGGACAUGCAGAUAUUUUACCGAGAGAAGUACAUAGUACCCCGGCCGUGUUACUUUGUCUUCUUCCUCGUGAGCGGCUGCCUGACCCUGGGCGCCAAGUGGCUGAUGCACAGGGUUUCGCAGCCGCUGGGCGAGCGCUGGAUCCCCCGCAAAAAAUGGAGCGAACGCAUACGCAAGAUCAAGGUGGCCAGGUUCAACCUGAUGUUCUUCAACCUGUUUUACUUCACCCUCAUCAGCGCGCUGGGCUUGGUCGCGCUGAGCUGCCAGACGUUCUUCCCCCACGAAAUGGGGGGCCAGGGCAAGCUCAGCGACUACUUUGCAGGCUACCCCAACCAGAAGACCUCCAGCCUCAUCCACCUGUAUUACUUCCUCAACGGGGGGUACCUGCUCACGUCCGUGUACUCCCUGCUUAUGGCCGAGAAGCUGCCCGAUUUUUAUGAAAAUUUCCUGCAGCACCUGUGCGCAGUCAUCCUGGUUUACUUUUCCUACGGCCAGAACUUCCUGCGAGUUGGCUCCAUCAUCAUGCUCUGCCACGACAUCUGCGAGGUGUUCUCCUCCGCGUGCCGCGUCUUCGUGGACACGAGACACAAAGCCGUGACGGUGAGCUCCUUCUGCAUCCUCUUCUCCAGCUGGGGGUUCCUGCGGCUAUACAUCUUCGCCAAGAGGUGCAUCCUGCCCAUCCACAGGAACUUGGACGUGUUUAACCCCCUGAUUGGGUACGAAGCCUGCGUGUGGCUCACGUUCCUGCUGCUGGUUAUUCUGCUGAUGAACGUCUACUGGUUCGUCUUGAUGGCAAAAAUGUUUAUUCACUUCGUCUCCAGUGGGAAGACGGAGGACAUCUUGACGCGCGUGGCCGAGCUGGAGGAGGGCGAGCGGGCAGACAAGAAGACCAAGUGA